UGGUUUGAGGUGAGCGGUUUUAGUCCCACGGGCAUUGAACGCAACGCCACCCCGGUAAAUCAAACGUAAAAGGCGCGAGUUCAGCCGGCAGUGGUGGGUACUGGUUACAAUUUUAGACAGCAAGCAGAAGGCGUUCGUCCACGCAGGGAAUGAGAAAUCACUGAUUAGUGCCGCCAGGACCCGGAUCUGAGGCCGCGAGCAACUAACACCUGAGGCCGCGAGCAGCUAACCUGAGGUUCUUGGGUGUUAAGUCUGGACCCUGAACCCUAGACCCUAGACCCUAAACGCCUCACUGUCACGGGAUCGGGUCUUUCAGGGACUUGGAGGCAUGAGCAGCUGCAGCAGCACUGACCUGGAUGAGGAGCUUCCGCUGUUCGACUUCCUGCAGCCGACCCAGCGCUGCAUUCAGGGCUCUCCCACAGAAUCCGAACAAGCGGCAAAGACUAAAGCCGGUGUUCCUCCCGGAACGGCAGAUGUCAUGAUGAUAAGCAGCGAUUCAGAUGAUGAUUACGCACCUCUGGCACAGAGACUCAAACCCAGCAGUGAUCCCUCCUCUGUGUCCGGCGGGAAAAUGCCUGACGGUGGAUUCUCGUUGAGUCGAUCCAGCUCCUGCCAGAACGGCGUUGUAGCGGCUGGGCUUCCUCCUAGUGUGAGACGGGAGGAGCCUCAGAGCUGUAAAACCUCUUCUGCCUGGAGAAAUCUGACCAAGCGGCCAACCGAGGAGAUCCAGACGUCUCUGGAGGAGGCCCUAAGGAGGAGGCAGGACAAGGAGGCACUCAAGCAGGAACGGGAGAAACAGAAGGCAGAGAAGAGAGCUGUGGCGGAGGCUGCCAAAGCCCUGAGGCCAGAGGAGUGCAUCAAACACAUGGUGGUAGCCGUGGAUCCAGCACUCCUGCAGCUUGAAGGAGGCGGGGCUCUGCUGGCCUCGCUGCAGGCUCUGGGCUGCAGCUGCGCCAUUGAAAAGCAGCCCCUCCCACGCAGCAUUAGCUGGAUGAGGAGAGCUCCACCUGCUCAGAGUUCCAGCUCCUCUGGAGCCCAGCUGGGGGACGCAGCUUGUGUUCCUGAGACCCCCGUGGUGAUGCAGAUGACGGUGGAGGACUUCAUCACUCUGAUCCACAACUUCAUCCAGGAACAGAAGGUGGGCCGCUCUGACUCGGGUCCCACGCUGACGGCCUGGGUGCAGCAGCAGCAGAGGCGUCAGCCCAGGAAGACCCUCAGCCUGGCAGUCAUUGAGCUGGAGAAGUAUUUCAGAUCACAGAAAUCUGUGAACCAGAAGAAGUUUAAAGCGGCCGUGAGGAGUGAAACAUCAGCAGGAGGAGGAGCUAAAGAGAAGAGGAAGAAGGGUGGGGCUGAGGCUUUGCCCCAGGUUUCCAGAGUGCAGGUGGAGGAGGCCGUGGUUCACCUGCAGCUUCAUGCUGGCAUCUCAGUCCACUUUCUGCCUUCAUGGAAAGAGUUUGCCGACUAUAUCGCCAUGACAACGAAAGCCGUGGCGGAGGCGCCCUUCAAGAGGGAGAGGGAGAAGACCGGCUUCUCUUUCUACCUGGAGAGCGAGUGGGCGGGAGGCCAUCGGGUGGACAGAGGUGGGAGGGGCCUGCUGCAGGUGUGGAAGAGGCAGAUCCAGCAGUUCAACAGAGUCAGUCCGGACAUGGCGGCGGCCAUCCUGGCAGCGUAUCCAUCGCCGCAGCUGCUGCUGCAGGCAUACGCUCGAUGCCACACUGAAACGGAGAAGACGUCUCUGCUGUCCGACCUUUUGAUCCGCAGAGGUGAAGGGGUCACGUCCACAACCCGGAGAGUCGGACCUGAGCUUUCCAAACGGAUCUUCCUCACCAUGCAUUCUCCAGAUCCAGAGCAGACUCUGGAUUGAAGCGUCUGAACGCCGCUCUGCUCCUGAGCCGCUGCCUGGUCGUCACGUGAAGAGCUUUGGCUUCAAGAUUUCACUCUGAUUUUUGUGUUUUUUAAUUAAAAGUUUCCCAAACUCUA